GGGUAUCCUAAUCCUUUACAAGAUAAUCCUGCCUAUUCUGCAGUCAAGCAAUAUUUUGUUAACGUGGACGAUGCUGUUGCUCAAAAUGUUGUUGUUCAGAACAAUAGUCCUAGAGGGACACAUUUUCGACGAGCUGGACCUCGACAAAAGGUGUUUUUUGAAUCCGAUGAAGUUCAUGCGUGCAUUGUAACUUGUGGUGGUUUGUGUCCGGGUCUUAAUACAGUGAUCAGGGAAAUAGUAUGUGGAUUGUACCACAUGUAUGGCGUCCGCACAGUUGUUGGAAUUGAGGCAGGGUACAAAGGCUUCUACGCUAGGAAUACAAUUCCUUUAACACCAAAAAUGGUGAACAACAUCCAUAAACGUGGAGGCACCAUCCUUGGGACCUCAAGAGGUGGCCACAAUACCACCAAGAUUGUUGACAGCAUUCAACAUAGAGGCAUCAAUCAGGUCUAUAUACUUGGAGGGGAUGGAACCCAGAAAGGAGCUGCUGCUAUUUUUGAG